ACGACAAGGUGCUGGAAGUGGCAGGGCGAAAGAAAAGGCUUGAGCGCUAGAACGGAAAAGCAUAGACAGUUAAGACGUACUGUCCAUUCAUACGAGCUCCUCGGUAAUCUGUUAGCACAUCAGUUUAAAACGAGAUUUCUAAAUAUAUUUGGAGCGCCCUACUAUCCGAAAGAUCAUUUUCACACUGAAACCCAAACCUCUCCGCUUAGCUGAUUAUCCAGACCAUCCGAAAGGCCAGUGGGGCCUCAGUUUGCAGAGAAUGCAGCUGCCCAGCCAACCCUGCCCUAGAUGGGAGUGAUUGAUAAGGAUGUCCCAGAGAAGCAGAGCCCACUGGUGAGGAGAGCUGGAGAGGCCGAAAAAUAACUGCCGCGGCUAUUCCAUGCCGAGUGUCACCAUGCCCCUCCUCCCCUCCUGAACUUGCUCUGCCUCGACCCCUCCCACUCCCGGAGACGUGCGAAGUUGCCCCCCCCCCCCAGCCAAGCUCCUUCACGUGGCUCGCCAUGGCCUCGGCCUACCUCUGGAAGCUGUCGUCCCAGAAGCUGGGCUUCUUCCUGGUUAGCUUCGGCUUCAUCUGGGGCAUGAUGCUGCUGCACUUCACCAUCCAGCAGCGAGCCACGCAUGAGAGCAGCACCAUGCUGCGCCAGCAGAUCCUGGACCUCAGCAAGCGCUACAUCAAGGCCCUGGCCGAGGAGAAUCAAAGCGUUAUGGAUGGGCCCUAUGUGGGAACCAUGACGGCCUAUGAUCUGAAGAAAACCCUGGCGGUGCUCUUGGAUAACAUCAUGCUACGACUGGGCAAGCUUGAGUCCAAGGUGGAGAACAUCUACAACGGCACAGGGAGCAACCUGACCAAUGGCACAAGCACAGCAACGCCCAGCUCAGCCAACGCAGAUAAAGUCAAUGUUGCAGAUCUGCUGAAUGGCGCUCAGGAGAAAUGUGAGCUUCCCUCCAUGGACGGUUUCCCUCACUGCGAAGGCAAGGUCAAGUGGAUGAAGGAUAUGUGGCGGUCGGACUCAUGCUACAGUAACUAUGGCGUGGACGGUUCCACCUGCUCCUUCUUCAUCUAUCUCAGCGAGGUGGAGAACUGGUGCCCACGCCUGCCGUGGAGGACUAAGACAUUAAACGACGAGGCCGACCGGAGGGCCCAGACGGAGAUCCGAACGAGCUUCGAUGAGCUGUACCGAGUCAUGUCCCGGCGGGAGGAGUUCCGCUGGAUGAUGCUCCGCAUCAAGCGCAUGGAGGAGCCCUGGAUCAGCGCCAUCCGAGGACUGGCCACCAAGCAGAACCUGGCCAAACGGAAGAGGAAGAAGAUCCUGGUACACCUGGGCCUGUUGACCAAGGAGUCGGGCUUCAAGAUUGCGGAGAAUGCCUUCAGUGGCGGGCCCCUGGGGGAGCUGGUCCAAUGGAGCGACCUCAUCACCACCCUCUACCUGCUUGGCCACGACGUGCGCAUCUCCGCCUCCCUGGCCGAACUUAAAGAGAUCAUGAGGAGGGUGAUGGGGAACAAGUCCAGCUGCCCCACACAGGGCGAUAAGGUGGUGGAGCUCAUUUACAUCGACAUCGUGGGCCUGACCCAGUUCAAGAAGACGCUGGGUCCCUCCUGGGUCCACUACCAGUGCAUGUUGCGGGUCUUGGAUUCCUUCGGCACAGAGCCCGAGUUCAACCAUGCCCACUAUGCCCAGUCCAAGGGCCACAAGACACCUUGGGGCAAGUGGAACCUCAACCCCCAGCAGUUCAACACCAUGUUCCCCCAUACACCAGACAACAGCUUCCUGGGUUUUGUGGUCGAGCAGCACCUGAACGCCAGCGACAUCCGCCACAUUGACGAAGUCAAACGGCAGAACCAGUCACUGGUUUAUGGCAAGGUGGACAACUUCUGGAAGGACAAGAAGACCUACCUAGACAUCAUUAACACCUACACGGAGGUUCACGCCACUGUGCACGGCACAAGCACCGUGCACCUGCCCGGCUACGUAAGGAACCACGGCAUAUUGAGUGGCCGCGACCUGCAGUUCCUCCUCAGGGAGACCAAGCUGUUCGUUGGCCUGUCCUUUCCCUACGAAGGCCCGGCCCCCCUAGAGGCCAUAGCCAAUGGCUGUGCCUUCCUCAACCCCAAAUUCAACCCGGCCAAGAGCAGCAAGAACACCGACUUCUUCAAAGGCAAGCCAACCCUGAGAGAGUUGACCUCCCAGCAUCCCUACGCUGAGGUGUAUAUCGGCCAGCCACACGUUUGGACGGUGAACAUCGAGAACCCGGCCGAGGUGGAGAGAGCCAUCCGCUCCAUCCUCAGUCAGAAGAUCGAGCCCUACCUGCCCUAUGAGUUCACCUGUGAAGGGAUGCUGCAGAGACUCAACGCCUUCAUUGAGAACCAGGACUUCUGCCACGGCCAGGUCAUGUGGCCUCCCCUCAGCGCUCUGCAGGUGAAGCUAGCUGAGCCGGGUCGGUCCUGCAAACAGGUGUGCCAGGAGGAGCAGCUCAUCUGCGAGCCCUCUUUCUUCCAGCACCUCAACAAGGACAAAGACCUGGCCCGGUUCGGCAUAGACUGCCAGACUGUGGAGUCCUCGGGCGACACGGUGGUGCCAGCAUACAGCGAGGCGCGCCGCCACUGCGUCUUCCAGUCGGACCUCCUGCUCUUCAGCUGCGCCGGCGCCCACUCCUCCCUCAAGCGAGUGUGCCCCUGCCGCGACUACAUGAAGGGCCAGGUGGCGCUGUGCAAAGGCUGCCUAUAGCUGCCGCCAUGACCCCCAGUCUGUCCGUGUGCCGACAUUGCUCGGAGUGGAAUGGACCCCUGCUUCUUUUUUUUUUUUACAAAAAAACAGUGCGUCGCAGGUGAUUGGGGUGUUGGGGGCGAGGCUAUCGAGCCCUAAGCUUUCUGCAGCCUUGUAACUCCUCCCACUGCCAGGUAUCCCGAAGGAGGUAGGGCGGACUGCGAAACGAGACAACCACGUGGAAAUCUGUCAUUGAUAUCCGUUUUUAAUUGCCUAUCGUUGUUUUUACCAAGAGGAUCCGAACCAAGGUCGGAGAGAGAGAUGCCUGAGAAUGACUGUGGGAACCAGGAAAGUCAACGCGACAGUUUUAACUAAAACACAGGGCAGGAGGAAAGGAGGGAAAUAUGUCGCACAUUGGCCUGAAUUACUUGAAUCAAUGGGAGUACAUCGGAGGCAGAAAGCUCGGCAACGGUGCUCUCUGUCGCCCCCAGGCUUUGUGGCAGCCAGCGGUACUGUGGCCUGUGGCCCAGUGAAUACGACCAGAGACGUUCUCCCAGCUUGUAGCCACAUCAUGGGACCAACGUGCCGGCGGCGCGUCACCGGACUCGGCAUGCUUUCCUUCCUGCCCCCGUUCGACCUUUGAAGUCGGAAAACUUUUAGCUUUGUAGGUUUGCACUGGUAAGUCUGGGAGUCCCAGACUACAAGGCUCUGCAGUAAUGUCCACAUUUGUCAACUACUUUGAAUGAAGCAACAUACGUGGCUUUUAUUCUGAAUGGUGUGCUAUGUGUGGAACAUUUGGAAUGUAACGUUAUGGCUACGUUGUCCCUAGAUGCUGAUCUUGGUUCAGCUGUGAUUUUUUUCUCGCUCAUGGUUGUGAUCAAGUUCCUGAGAGCAUGAGCUGAUGCGAGGUCAGUAUGUAGGGAAAGCUGGUGUGAAUAAGGAGCAAAGCCAGUUUUACACUGUAACUGUUCCGCUUCCUCUAGUCCUGCCUGGAAAGGGGGAGCGGACACCUGUAGAUAUGAAGUUGGUUUUCGUUGUUUUCCGGAGCAUAGCUCGUUUUUAAACCCAAACCCAUUGCCCCUGUGAGCCUUCCCAGCUACAGCUCCAGUACCCACAGAAACACUCCAGCUUGGGUGGCAGCUUCGCAUGCUAGUUUGACCAUCCUCCCAUUCCCAGUACAAAUUCAAAGUCACGCACCUUGCCAGAUUGAUUGGGGAUGUGCAUAAAAAAAAACUACUCAAAAAAUCGUCAUUCAAUUUGAAUCAGCGCUUCGACAAGGAGUCUGUUUGGUUAUAGAUUAUGAUUUGUGGUAUGUAGGCUACUGUAGACCGUCAAAAACUACCAGAGCUGUAGCAGGAAAGUGACACACACCCCAGGCGAUCUAUCGGCCAAAUCAACAGUAUGGAACAGGCCAAUUGCCUUGGCCACAAAAGACUUAUUCUAAAAUAUUCUAAAUUAUACAGAGAUAUAUUGAUCAUUACUAUUUAUAUUCUAGAUAUUUAACAUCUAUAUCUUUAUGUAUUCAGUAUAUAGACCGGAAGACAGCUUACACGUCUCAUUUCUAUGUACGUACUGAUAACUGUUGACAGAGCAACACACACACACAUCGACUUCAGUUUACUUCUUUCCUUCAUUCAGAGAUCGUUAGGAUCCUAAUUUGCCUGCAGAAUUCUUUUAGAAAAACAGUCUGUGUUGUGAAUGGAAAAAAUGCACUAAUUUAACAUAUGUACUGAAGUUUAACAAAAUAUAUUAACACUGUAUAUUGUUCCAAUGGGUUUAAAAAUAUUUUUUAAUUUAUUUUAUAUACAGAUCUUUAUUUCUGUUCGCUGAAAAAAGUUUUCUUUUUAAUUUAUAGAAAGGGAGUUUUCUUUUAUAGAGGGUGAUUUUAUUUAUCGAAAAAUAAUUUAAAAAGUUCACGUGUACAGUCAAAGUGCAUGGCUGAGGCAGGAGUUGUUUGUCCCAUGUGAUUUCACCCCAUAGCAACAGCGAUGAGAGAAUUUAUAGAUUAUGUCCACAACUUUGGAAACGUGGCUGCAGAAGGCGGUUUGAAAACACCAAAACGUGUCCGGAGUGGUGCGAUUUCUGCAGCAUCUUGUGAUCAUUGACUAGAUGGCACUAACGAGUUGGACAGCAGUUACGUAGAUGGAUAUCGUCUCACUGCCGCUGGGAUGAUGACGUUGGGACAAAAGCAGCACGCCCAUUUCUUUUGUUAAUACGUAAAUGCCAGCAAGAACCUCAUGUGAUGUUUUUAUUUUCAGAUCUUAAUGCUAUUCCAUUUGCACAUUUGUACAUUAUGAAAGCUUUUACGACUUGCUUUUUUCUCCUGUACUUGUCCGGGUUUGCUUUAUUUCAUAGGGUAAAUAUGAUGUGCAGCCAGGCUACCAUUUUAAAAAGUACAUGAUGUGCCUUUUGAUGGUUACAAUUAUUAGACUCUUAUUGUACCUGCCCGUUAGACCUAUCUGACCUACUGCCAGACAAAAUUGUUAGUUGUGGUCAUAUAGUUUGCCAGAAAGAUAAUGUUUCUUAUAACAUUUAUUAAUAGGUGAAGAGCAACUGUAUGUUUUGGAGUUUUUGCUGAUAGCUAAAACAAACGUCCUAUUGAAGAUAUGUUUACCAAAGGCUUUCAGUGUGGUAAACUCCAGUGUGUUUGUUUCUUUCUGGCAGUAGCCUUGUUCAACUCCUAUUAGUCAUGUUCAGAGCAUGUUGUCAAUGGUGAUUGUCAAUCUUUUUAAUCUUACCUUUUCAUUUUGUUUUAUACUUUUGUUGCCUAUUAAUGAGCACUAGGCUCAGUAAAUGGUCUGUUUUGAAUUUGGUUGGACUAAAAAAAUAAUAUUGAAACUCAAACCCAUGGUUAAUAAGAAGUCGAGGUUUGGUGUGGGCGAGAAAAGUUUCCCAUUACCAGUUUUCUUUAACCCAAACAUCGAAUGUCUCUAGUCUCACAUCUGCAUUUGCGUUCUAAAAACUAUAAUUACCUUUUUCAAUCUCAACUCUUUUUUAAGCUAUCGUGGACAAGCAAAAGCAACGAUUGUUCUGUAACUUAAUUAUUGACCGUAACGAAAAAGAACCGACAUUGUUGUUUUCACAGUUUUAGACAAAUAAGCAGGAUAUAACUUUAUUUUUCAAUAAACCUUUUUCUGUGAUAAUUGG